AUGUAUCACGAGCUGUGCCGAUUCCCUGACCUCAACAAGGACUGCAACUUACAGUUCGUCUACACGGCUAUGCAAGGUGUUGGUCUUCCAUUCGCUACCGGUUUGAUGGACAAGUUUGGCUUCCCCAAGAAGUGUGUGUCGAUCGUGGAAGCGCAGGCUCACCCUGAUCCUGAGUUCUCCACUGUCGCCUUCCCCAACCCCGAAGAGAAGGGUGCACUCGACAUGAGCAAGCAACAAGCAAUAGAUGAGGAUGCCGAUUAUGUAUUGGCAAAUGAUCCCGAUGCUGAUCGUUUUACUUCUUGCGAGAAGCAGAAGGACGGUUCAUGGCAUCAAUUCACUGGUGAUGAGCUUGGUACCAUCUUUGGAGAUUGGCAACUGUUGAUGGCUCAUCGUCGUGGUGUCGACCCGAAGAAUUGUCUGGUCAUCAAUUCCACAGUAUCGUCUAAGAUGCUGAAGGCGUUAUCUGAUUACUACGGUGGAGUGUAUGAGGAUACUCUAACAGGUUUCAAAUGGAUGGCUAACAAGUCAUUGGAGAUGACCGCUGAACACUCCAAUUUGGUACACUGUACGGCUUAUGAGGAGGCACUAGGAAGUGCCCUCACGAUGAGUGUCCCUGAUAAGGAUGGUAUCAGUGCUUGCAGUGUCUGGUGUGAGAUGGCUAACUAUUGGCGUAAGGAGAAAGGUAUUACUCUUCUUGAACGACUAAAUGAACUCCGUAAGAUGGUUGGUUUCUUCGCACAACACAACGGUUACUUCAUCUGUGAUGAUCCUAAGGUUAUGAAACAGAUGUUUGAUGAGUUCCGUAAUGAGGGUAACUACAAGGCUGAGCUCGGGUCAUCUAAGAUAGCUGAUGUUCGUGAUGUUACUCUUGGCUAUGAUUCAAGGAGGAAGGAUAAGAAGUCUACAUUACCUAUGACACCGGAUGCUCAGAUGAUUACUCUCUACUUCGAUGAUCAAGCUACUGUUACUAUCCGUGGAUCUGGUACUGAACCCAAGGUGAAGUACUACUGUGAGGCUAACGAUAAGGAGAGUAUGGAGAAGGCUCAGGAGAAGCUCGAAGUCGUCGUUAGAAAUGUCAUCGACUACUUCCUCCAACCCAAGAAGUACAAUUUGGGUUCUCGAUAA